CAGCACUCGAUCCUGAACGUCGACCGUCGCAUAGGAUGACGGCCUCUACCACCGCUUCCCAGACUGAACUCAAGCAGGCUCAAGUACCCCUGGCAUGGCGAGAUCAAUGUUCUGCUCUCCUCAUCCCUCUUAAUACUUGCAGACGGAAGAACGCAUACCUGCCAUGGGAAUGUGAAAACGAGAGGCAUACAUACGAGAAGUGUCAGUACGACGAUUACAUUCGCCGUAUGAAGGAGCUGUCAAAGCGCAAGCUAGCCGCUGCCGAGGAGGAAUAGAUUUGUUGUUCUGUCUUGUGAACUAUCCUUCGUUGCAUCACUGUUGCCUGACAAUGACUCUCAAUCAGUCUUUUGUAACGUGUUCAAGGACGGAUAACCCAGGUCAUCCCCAGCACACCACCACAAGAGCAAGUUAGAAACUGGCUAUCUUUCAACGUAUUUAGGAUGAUGACGAUGUUGUUUUAUUGAGUGGUGGUGUGUACAAAUGCCAUCAUUCUAAUGAAAGUGUGGUAAUUAUACAGUCUUGCCUGUCCUACUUUGCCAAUUUGUAAUUUCCUUCUGGACCCGCGCCACAACAUC